AAACGAUUACAUUGCAGUAGGCUAUUUACCAGAGUGUAAUAGAAUACUGAAUAAAUACCCUCUCUAUGAGAGUUAACCCACCUACUAGGGUAUAUUCAGCUUGCAGGCCUGUGUCUGGGGGGCCACAAAGACUCUGUCUAGUAAUUAUCAAGCAGGUUUGGGACCAUAUGCGUGAAAUAACAUUAUGAUGAAGAGUACGUGAUAACUGAGCAGUUUCAACAAAAUUAGGUCCGCCUAUAUUAAACGCAAAAUGAAUGGCUCUGGCACCAACUAUGCAACAGCAGGUGGCAGUAAAAGCCAAUAAAUUGGGGCAGAAGAAAAUACACUACGGGCAAUAAUAUUAGGUUUAUCAUGUAGCGUAGGCUACUACGUAAUGCCCAUUUAGUUACCAAUAUUUGGGAUUUUAAGGGGUAGACUACAGAAAACAGCAGUGUGUGUGUGUUUUUAACUGCAACGUUCAAGCAGUUCAUGCACCGGAACCUGUGUAACUUGACCUACUGCUUUAUCAAAACAAGGGAAAGUUAACCUUUUAUUAAAACAGUGCCACGUUAUGCAAGUGGCAGGGAAAAAAUACACAACUUCAAUCCUAAACUGACGGUCUCUUUGAAAGUAUGGCAUCUGCAGGCUCUGCCCUCAAGGUCCACGCAGUACGCUUUGGGCCGGGACAGGAGCUGCUGUGCUCCCUGCUGGCAUUCGUGGAGGAGAGAAACCUCAAAGCGCCAUUCAUCAUCACCUGCGUGGGCAGCGUAACCAAGGCAACACUCCGGCUGGCAAACGCCACUGCAGGGAAUACCAAUGAGGUGAUCCAUCUUGACGAGCGCUUUGAGAUCGUGUCGCUGGUGGGCACGCUGAACAAGGAGGCUCACCUCCACAUCUGCCUGGCCGACAAGGAGGGGAAGACGUUGGGAGGACAUGUACUGGGAGACCUGGAGGUGUUCACCACGGCUGAGGUGGUCAUCGGUGAGGCCUCUGAUCUGCUGUUUGACAGACAGAUGGACCAUCGCACAGGCUUCCCUGAACUGGUCAUCCAACCCCGCUCUGAAAAGAACUAGACGAAGGAGGAGGCCUUUAUUCUCCUAUACUCACCUCCAUAUUUAUUUGGACAGUGAGUCAUUUUUUAAAUUAUUUCUCUGUAAUCCAGAAUUUUGGAUUUAUGAUCAAAUUUUUCCUAUGAGGCGACAGUACAGAAUGUCACCUUUUCUGCUUUACUGUUAAGAUAUGAAAACACUUCAUGUAUCAAGUUGCCCCAUUUUAAAGAAGUCAUAAGUAUUUGGACAAAUUCACUUAUAGGGUAUUGAAGUGGUGUAAAGUUUAGCAUUUGGUCCUAUAUUCCUAGUACACAAUGAUUACAUCAAUCUGGUGACCCUACAAACUCAAUGGGUGCAUUUGCAGUUGGUUUUGGUUGCAUUUUGCCCAAUAGGAACUGAAUGGUGAAUGAUGUCUGGAGUAGUUUCAUUUAUUAAACUUCUGUAGCGCUAAUCAUAGAAUCUCAAAGUGCUUCAAGUAAUAUGAAACAUUUGAUCUCAAAUCCAAAAUGCUGGAGUAUAGAGCCCCCCCCAAAAAAAAAAAAUGCUCCACUGACUAAAUUCAUAUGGAUGGGAGUGUUUGGAUGUCUAAUAGAAAUUAUCUUCUCCACUAGCAGUUUGAUAUAAAUAGAUUGCAAUGAGAUUUAAUUCAUUCUGCUUGACUACAAUGGCAGUGUAACACUUUAUACCAGAUAUUUGGAGACAGCUUUGUCUUUGUCGUUUACUACACUCGCUUUUGUAAUGUAGUAUGCUACGUUCACCAAGACCAGCCUUAAUACAGCACAUCUCCCUAAUCUAA